AUGGUACUUCACGUAACAAUACUUGAAAUAACUAACUUGGAUAACAAACAUACUGAUCCGAAUUAUACAUCUGAUCCAUAUGUGGUCGUUUCAAUAGAUCACAAACAAUUUGCAAAUACAGAUGAUCACUUUAGGACGAAUAUACAAAAAGAUACACUAAAUCCAAAAUAUAACGAAACGUUUCAAUUCGAGAUACCCAAGCAAUCUACGUUUGAAAAUAUUGAUAUAGUAUUUGAGGUUUAUGAUUGGCGUGUGAUUGGUAAGAAUGCAUCAAUGGGUCAAGCACAAACUAGUUUAGCAUGUUUGAGGAAUCAAUUUGUGGAUUGUGAUUCCUCAAUGCAAUCAGAAAAGAAAGGAGAAGAAGUUCACGAACAAGAAAACUCAACAUCUAGGAAACGAAAGCUCUACAAGAAGGAACCCCAGAGAUUAAAAUUAGAGUUAUCAAGGAAUAGAAAUGCAUUUAUUGAAAUUGAAAUGAUGGUAGAUGAAACUGAUCGGCGACAUUAUUGA